AUGAUUACCAACACUCGUUUUUCUAAUAAUAUUGGUCAAGAUCAAGAAGAUGAUCGAGAUAAUGACAUUGCUAUUGUUGGUAUGGGGUGUAGACUACCAGGUGGAUCGAGAACACCACAACAAUUCUAUGAGCAAUUGCUCGGUGGUUUGGAUGGUAUCUCAAAGAUGACUGAUGAUAGGUGGUCAAGAUCAUACGUCGAUCAAGGUUACAUUGCUACUGAUCGUGCUGGCUUCUUGGACAUGAAAGAAUGGAUGCACUUUGAUAAACAUUUCUUUGGUGUACUUGGAAAGGAAGCUGCUGCACUUGACCCUCAAAUACGUCUCUAUCUCUCGGUGCUGUGGGAAGCUUUAGAAGAUUCACAUAUCGAUCCUGCAUCGAUAAGAGGUUCAAAUACAUCGGUAUUUCUCGGUCAAAUGUUUGAUGCCAAUCACCAUAUGCUUACACACGAUCUUGUAACUAUGACACCUCAGGUUAAAACGGGUAGAUCAGACUCAUCAAUCAGAGCAUCGUAUUGUUAUGACUUCCGUGGCCAAUCACUUUCAAUUGACACUGCAUGUUCAUCAUCACUUGUUGCAGUACUUCAAGGAAUAGAUACUAUUCUAAAAGGUGAAAGUGAUAUAUCAAUAUGUGGUGGAGUCAAUGCUUUCAUUGAACCUACUUCAUCUAUUCAAUUCACCGGUGCAGGUAUGCUUGGAAAGGCAGGAAAGUGUGCAACAUUUGAUGAAUCAGCCGACGGCUAUGUUCGUGGUGAAGGUGUUGGUGUCGUUGUUCUCAAGAGACUGUCAAAAGCAAUCGAGGACAAUGAUAAUAUUUAUUGUGUCAUCAAAGGUGGAAGUAGUAACUUGGAUGGUAACUUUGAAAAACAAUCACAAACAUCUCCUUCGGCAGCUGCACAACAAAUUAAUACACAAAAUGCACUUAAAAGAGCUGGACUAUCACCAUCAGAUAUUUAUUACGUUGAAUGUCAUGGUACUGGAACACCGACAGGAGACCCACUGGAAAUUGAAUCAAUAUCUCGAGUAUUUGCAGGAUCACACAGUCAAUCGAACCCACUUCGAAUUGGAUCGGUUAAAAAGUAUAAGACUGACACCAAUCAUCAUAACAACUUUGUGACGAAUGGUAACCAAGCACCACCAGUCCCAGGAUAUUUAAUUCCAUUUUCAUCAAACAGUCAAAAAUCCAUUGAUUCAUAUAUCAAUAUGAUCAAGAGUAAUGUUGAAUCGUAUCGCAACAAGAUGACAUUUGAAGAUUUCGUUAGAUAUCAAUCACAAUCCAAAACCAACCAUCCAACUUGUAAAAAGGUUAUCAUUGCCAAAGAUUGGGAAUCAUUCUCAUCUGAAUCAACAUUGACCUUUGAUAAACAACAAAGCUAUAUUUCAAGUAUGGCACAAUUGAACAGCACACCAAAGACAUCGAUUGUGAUGGUAUUUUGUGGACAAGGAGCACAAUGGAGUGGAAUGGGUGAUAGAUUGUAUCAACAAUGUCCAAUAUUCCGUAAAUCAGUUGAUACUGUCGAUAGAUUACUAUCUCAUCACUAUCAAUAUUCAAUCAUUGAUCGACUAAGAAAGAGUAAUGAUAAAGAGAUACAUCAUCCAAUACUUGCACAACCAGCAACAUUUAUCAUUCAAGUUGCAUUGGUUCAAUUAUAUCAUCAUUUUGGAAUCACUCCAUCAAUCGUUGUUGGUCAUAGUUUUGGAGAUAUAACAGCAGCAUGGUGUUCAGGAAUAUUAUCAUUGGAAGAAGCUGUUAGAAUUGUAUAUUUGAGAAGUGUUGCUCAAAAUGAAACCAUUGGAAGUGGUAGAAUGUUGGCUGUAUCAUUAUCAUAUGAUAAAUUCAAAGAGAGAUUUCAUCAAUCAGAGUAUGACUCAAUCGAGUUGGCAUGUUACAACUCAGCUGAAUCAAUUGUAUUGGCUGGAAAUGAAGAUCAACUCAAAUUAAUCGACCAGGAAUUAAAAGACGAUAAUAUAUUCAGUGCAUUCCUUGGUACACCAUGUGCAUUCCAUUCAUCAUCACAAAUUGAAACAAAGGAAUUCAUAUUCAACAAUUUAAACAAAAUUAAAUAUGAAACAUACAAGCCAACGAUGCCAUACUUUUCAACAACAACCUCCCAACAAAUCAUUUUAUCAUCUCAACUCAAUGCCCAAUACAUUUAUGAUAAUCUCAGACAACCAGUAUUAUUCCAACAAACAAUCAAUAAUAUAGUUGAUUUCACAAAGAAUCAGAAUAAUAAUAAUAAUAACAAUCAAUAUAUUUAUUUAGAGAUUGCACCACAUUCAACACUAUCAUUCUAUUUGAAGUCGUUACUGCAACAAGGAAGCAAUAUUCAAUCACCACUCAACAAAAAGAAAGAUGAAGUUGAAUCAAUUCAAUCAUGUCUCUCUCAACUAUACUUUGGUGGUGUUUGUGUUGAUUUUUCAAAUCAACUCCCAUUAGAAAACAACAGUGAAUGGAAGAAUAGAACAAGAUAUCUUCCAAGAUAUCAAUGGGAUACUGAAUAUUUGUUAGAUGAACAAGAACAGUAUAAAAAGAUUAGACUUGGUGGAUUGUCAACGACUCUACUUGGUCAUUGUGACAGUGAAUCACUCAAUAGCUAUCAAACAUCGAUUGAUGUCAACCGACCAUCAUAUCAAUAUUUAAAAGGUCACAAAGUAAAAGGGAAAUAUUUAUUCCCAGGGACAGGCUAUAUUGAAAACAUAAUCAAUGCAUUCCCAAACAAAGACAUACACAUCCACCAUCUCCAAUUUAUUGCACCAUUCUUCCUCAAAGAAGGAGCUCCAUGUCAACUCAAAUCAACAUUUUCACAAUCAUCAUCGAUUGAAUACCAAGCAACAUUCCAAUACUAUGAUGAUAAACUUGGAAAGUGGAUUAAAUCUGCUGUUGGUCGUCUAUCAAUCAACAAUCCAAUUAAUCCAAUCAACGACUAUUCAAGUGUUGAUAAAUUAAGACAACAAACAUUCAAUAUUGCAACGAUGAAUACAACUGAAGUUUACCAAAAGUUAACAAGAGUUGGGUUAUUGUAUGGAGAAACAUUUAAAAGAAUCAACAAAAUAUCAUUCAACAAAGAUGGUGCAAUCUUGUCAGAGAUUGAAUGCAAAUCAAGAAACCAUUUUGAAGAAUCAAAUACAGUUUUAAAUGCGUCAGUUCUGGAUUGCCUAUUACAUUCUUGUAUUGUAACAUUUAGAGGUGAACAUCCAAGAUGUGAAGUUGUAUUUGAUAGAGUAGAAGAUUUCCACAUCUACUCUAAUAAUAUUCCAAAACAUCCAUGUGAUGUGUUGUUUGCCGCCACCGGUGCAACAUCAGCCAGCCAACAAAAAGGAAAUGAAUUUAAAGGAUCAAUGGAUAUUAUUGAUCGAGAUGGAAAUACAGUGGUUAAAUGUGGAAAUGUAGUUUGUAUAUCGUUGACCAAAGUAUUGGCAGUGCACCACGCCAAACACCCAACCAAAUACAUCAAACAGAUGAUUUGGCAACCUAAAAAUGCACCAUCAACAACGAUCGUUUCACAACUCCCUCUUGCUGAACAAGACAUCUUUGGGUAUUUUGAAAGUUAUAUGAAAUCAGCAUCGACCUCUCACAGAGUCAUCAGAAUACUCGAUUUUGGACGCAACGACUUAAUUACAUUCGAUCUCCUCCGAAAAGUAUUUGUAAUGAUGGAGUCUAGUCCAGGUACCAUCACUGACUUUACUACACAAGAUGGUAUUAUAUCGGUAGACCAUCUUCAAAAAGAUAAUCUAUUUAUUAGAUUCUAUCCAGAAGAAAUCAAUACGACCAGAUCAUUGACAGAUCAAGGAUUCCUUUCAACUAGUUUUGAUUUAAUUCUAUCAACUAUGGAAUACAUCACUGAAAACAAUCAAAUGGUUGGUGAAUUUGAAAGAUUACUAAAUCCAAAUGGUCAACUUGUCAUCAUCAACACUACAUCAAAUAAUGAAUCAACACUCAUCAUCGAUGAUAAUAUGAUGGAACCAAUCAAUAAUAUUUUCAAAGAUCAACAACUCAAUAUUACUCAUAGUAAUUAUAAUAUACAAUCACCUGAUGAAAUUGUAUUGAUUGGAAGAAAACCAAGUGUUGAAGAAGUCAAUAUUGCCAAGUUUGAUAAUUUAUUAUUUAUCACUCCAUCCUCUUCUUCUUCCCCAUCCUCCUCAUCAUUAGCAGCAACAAGCUUAAUUCAACAAUCAUCAUCAAUGGGAUCAGUUGCCAAGAAAAUCAGUUUCUUUUCAAAUGAUGAUAUAAUGGAUGAAUGUAAAUAUCAAUCAUUAUUAGAAUCUAUAUCAUAUGAUAGUGUAGAUGGUUGUAACAAAGUUGGAAUAAUCUAUUUGGAAUCAUUGGAAGAAAUGAACUCAUCGAAUCUUGAACUCAAAUCGAUGCAACUCAUCAGAUUACAUCAAAUCAUCAGAAAGGAACAACUACCAAUCAAAUUAAUAACAUUGAUAGCUGGUCAAUUAAAUCAUUGUCUCAGAGUGAUUCCAAGAGAAUAUGGUUCAAAAUCAAGAGGUGAAACCGUCCACUUUGACUCUGUGACAAUCAUUUUAGAUGACAAUGAUAGUUGUAAUCAAGUAUCACUUGAACAUAUAUUGCAAUGUUCAAACUCUGAAUAUCUUGGAGAAAGUGAUCUUAAACUCUGUCAAAACAAUAUAUUGGUGGAAAGAAUAAUUGAUGCUCCUCAAUUAUUGGAUGUUGAUCCAAAAUUUGUCAUUACAAAUCAACAAGAUAUGAAAGCUCAUUUUGAAAUAGACCAAAAAUAUCAUAUCAGACAAAAGAAUGAAAUGUUAUUGGAUGACGAGGUAGAAUUCCAAGUCAAAGCAGCAUCUAUCAAUUUUAAAGAUUUAAUGAUUUUAGAAGGCAAAGUUGAUCAAAGAUUAUUCCCAAUUGGUGAUAUAUAUCGUCCACCACUUGGUCAAGAUUGUUCAGGUAUUGUGACAAGAAUAGGAUCAAAGGUUACAAAAUUCAAAGUUGGUGAUGAGGUUUAUGGUAUUUCUGCUGGUUUUGCUUCAUCAACAGUGACAUUUGAAGAUAUGAUUGUUUCAAAACCAAAAGAACUAUCAUUUGCCGAAGCAGCAUCAUUACCAUUAUCAAUGGGAACUGCUUGUUUGGUACUAUUCAAAAAGGCAAAUAUUUAUCCAACGGAAUCUAUUCUCAUUCACAGUGCAACAGGUGGUGUUGGAUUGGGAAUGUUAAACCUUUUAAAAUUCAAAAAACAUACUGGAAAUAUAUUUGUAACUGUUGGAUCAGAAGAAAAGAAAUCAUAUCUUGAAAAACAUUAUGGUGGUUCAUUUAUCACUGCUAUUUUAGAGUAUGAUAACUUUACCAAAAGGGUCUUGGAGUGUACAAAUAAUGAAGGAGUCAACUAUGUCAUCAACACAUUAGAUUAUACAAGAAUGCAAGAUAAUUUUAAAUGUCUUUCAAAGAAUGGAGUGGUUAUCGACUUGUCAGUCGAUCAAUUCUUCCAAGUUCGAGAUAUCGAUAUGGGAUCACUCAACUAUGACAAAGGUUACCUAACAUACCACUUUUCACACAAGCAAAUGUAUAUCAAUGACCAAAUCAAAGAAUAUAUUGGAAGCGGAUUAGAAAUCCCUCCAAUUACAGUAUUCCCAAGUCAUCAAAUCCUUCAAGCAUUUGACCAUGUCCGAUCAAGAAAACAUAUUGGAAAGGUGGUUGUCAGUUAUGAAAACGUUCAAGAGGAUUUAGUUGAUCCAAUGAUAUCACAACCAUAUAAACCAGUCGAGAGAAUACACUAUAAUUUGGAAGGUAUUGGAGAAACACUUUUAAUAUCUGGUCAGACUGGUAUUGCAGUAGAAUCACUUGGUUAUUUAAUGAAACAUUCAUCUAAACUAAGAGAUAUCAUUGUUGUAACUUAUUCAUCUGCCAAAUUUGAAAUUCAAUUAUUGGUCAAUGAAAUUAGAAAGAUUUACAGUCAUAUCACACUACACUUUGUUCAAUGUGAUAUUGGAGAUUAUGAUCAACUCAAAUCAUCGAUAUUGGAUCUUUACCAAAGAAUACCAACCAUCAAACCAGUAUCUGUCGUUAUUCAUUGUGCCAAUACAUAUAUGACCAUUAAAGCUGAUGAUAUUGAUAUGGAGAGACAUCAUACAGCGAUGUCAGGUAAAGCAACAGGUGCAUUUAAUCUUCACAAUCUAUUUGUAGAACUAGAUUGGAAACUAAACCAUUUCCACAUGUUAUCAUCGAUUGCUCAAUAUAUUCCAGUCGAUGGUUUGAGUUAUUCAAUUGGAAAUGCAUUCCUUGAUGGAUUGGCAAGACAUAGAAGAGAUCGUGGUUUGGAGGCAACAUCAAUUGAUUGGGGAAGUAUUGGACAAGCUGGAAAAGUAGCAUCUGAUAGAGGUGUUGGUUUGGUGUUACAUUCAUUCGGUUUGACCAUGAUGCCAUUGUCAGCAAUCUAUGGUAUAUUUAGAAGUUCAUUUAUCAACAAAACCACACCAAUCACCAAUCUAAUUUGUGCAGAUGUUCAACCUAAAAGUCUUGUCUCUGAAUUACCAUAUCUAGAACAUGUCUAUGCUCACUAUUUAAAUAUCUCUAGUAACAACAAUGGUAACCAAUUAGAUGCAAGUGCAGGAUCAAUAGACAACAAGAUAUUAGACUUUAUUUCAGAGACACUAUCAAUCGAGAAACAUUUACUCAACGGUGACACCAAACUCAAAGAUUAUGGUGUCGAUUCAAUGACUGCCAUUCAAAUCAAAGGUCAAAUUGAAGUAGAGUUUAACAAACCACACAUCCUCAACCAAUCACAUAUUUCUAAUGGAACUAUUAAUUCAAUUAUUGAAAGUGUUAAAAAGAGUUUGAAAUAA